AUGCCGGCAUCCGAAUCAUCCAACGAGGCUCACCAGUGCGACUCCUGCUUCAAAACCUACCAACGACGUGACCUCCUCUUGCGCCAUCGACGCCGAUGUCUGCGGUCGAACAAACCUAAGGUACGCCGCAAAGCGUGCAAUGCCUGCGUGCUGGCCAAGACCAAAUGCUGCUGCACACAACCGAUCUGCUCGCGAUGUGCCAAACGGGGCAUUCCUUGCGAAUACGUGUCUACGGUCAACACAGCAGCCACCAUUCCUUCUGACUCUUCCGACUCCUCCUCGUCCCCGUCGACCAGAGAUCAUCCCAGACCUUAUGAAACCCGCGUGAGCACGACAGACUUCCCGCCGCUAUGGAGCCCUCGGAGCAUGCUGGGUGGUCCCAGCGCUGACAGCUUCGACUCGUGGAGCUCCCAGAACUUCAUCUGGACCAUGGAUACCCUCGAUUUCCCCUCGUUGCCCUCAUCAGCAGGCUUAGUCGACGAAGUCACCUUGGACCCGACACCGGCAGUCCCGACCAGCCAUCCGAGCCCCGCAUUUCCAGUGGCAUCGGCUUCGUUGCAGCCCUACAGUACGCCGGUGGAGAUUUCCAUGGUGCCGCCAAAUCCAGGGAUCGCCGAUACGUCCACCCUGACCGGUCUGGGCGGCGGUCUCAACGUCCCGGGGGUGCUGGAGUCCAACUAUAUCCGUCUGCUGGCACAGUAUCCGAGACUGUUGCUUCAGGACGAUUUCUACUCCCCGUUCGUGCACCGCACCCUGUUCAACGAUCAUGUGGCGGACAUGACGAUUCUGCCCCACACAUCCAUGGCCAUUUGCUGCGGAAGUGCCUUGGGCGUCAAAGACGCCGCCGGGUACGUCAAGCGAGCCAUGGACGCGCAACGACAAAGCUUGAUCGAGUCAUAUCCCACCUACCAGUGCAUGGAACAGUGGGACGCUCUGCACGCAAUGCUCCUCUACGAGAUCCUCGAGAUGGGCAUCACGCCCGUUGACGAGUCCGAGAGUUGGAAACAGAAGCGCCGCACAAAAGGGCUGAAAUCGCCCUUCCUCUCAAAGAUGACCCAGUGCUUCUCGCGGUCCUACCUCGAGUCGCACGAUACGGCCCUGCUGCCAUUCACCAACAGCGACAGCACCGCAAACAGCUCCUGGGUCAAAUGGGCCGUGGCCGAAACCGCCCGCCGCACCAUCUUCCUCGCCAACAUUGUCAACUUCUUCAGCAACCGCGAUCUCGACUCCAGGCGCCAAUCGCCCUACUACGAGCCACUCAACGAUGAGCUCAUUAUGAAGAUGCCUCUGCCCUGCGAUCAAGCGCUGUGGAGCGCUCGCACCGAAGACGAGUGGCGCAAGGCCACACUCGCGUCUCCUGGCUCGCCAGGCACCACUGACGCUUUUUCGACUUUGGGCCCUGUUGGUGACAUCCCGGGCCGGGGGCAGCUCCCGAAUGGCCAAUACCAACCCUCACUCGAAGUGCUUUUCUCCAAGUUCGCCACGGACGAUCUCCGGGCGAAUUGCGUGACGAAUGCGGGUUUUGCCGACUCGGAUGAGCUGCGGUCGUUUAUCAUUCUCUGUGCGCUGGAGCAAUUUGCGUGA